AUGCGGCACAGGAAUAAGCGGAGGGGUGCUGGCAAAUGCUGGUCAUUAUUGGAAAUCGCCAGUAAAGAUGACGAAGACAGAGAUAAUAUGGGUGAUUUUAUACUGUCUGAUAUGGGCAGUGGAGUGCCGUUUUUACCCGGAGCCUUUGAUGGAGCGAUCAGUAUCUCGGCAAUUCAAUGGUUAUGCCAUGCAAACUCUUCUGACGAGAAUCCCAAGCGACGUCUCCAUCGGUUCUUUCAAACGCUGUACGGUUGCCUGGGUAGAGGAACGCGAGCCGUUUUCCAGUUCUACCCAGAGAACGAGCACCAGUCAGCUCUGAUUAUGUCGCUUGCUACGAAGGCUGGAUUCAAUGGUGGCCUUGUCGUGGACUAUCCAAAUAGCGUCAAAGCGAAAAAAGUAUAUUUGGUUCUAAUGACUGGAGGAGUCGCACAGUUGCCGAAAGCCCUCACAGGUGAAGAAGAAUCCAUGGACACUCAGCAUCAUGUGGAAAAUACUGCGAGGAUGUUUACGGUGGCACGAAAGCAUGAGAAAAAGCCUCUGAAAGGCUCAAAAGAGUGGAUUCAGAAGAAAAGAGAACGCAUGCUUAAACAAGGCCGUAAUGUACGGCAUGAAUCAAAGUACUCCGGACGAAAAAGAAAACAAAAGUUCUAG